AUGGAGGACAUCUUCUUUCAUAUGCUUUUUGUGGUGCCUCUGACGCGCUGGAUUACCAGCGUUGGAGCGACAAUAGCAUUGUUGGCAUUGUUUGCAAUUGGUAUAUUACAGUCUAGCCGUCAACCGAAUCAUUUUGAGACGAUUGGUGUUCCUCCCAAUGCUCCCCCUCGUGUUGUCUCUUCUGCUUACCGCAAAUUAUCUCUGAUGUACCAUCCGGAUAAGAAUCCAUCAAUGGAAGCAAAAGAAAUGUUCGCCAAAAUUCGAGAGGCGCAUGAGGUAAUAUCGGGAGAAAGACGACGAGAUAAUUUUAUUCGUUUUGGUGAUUUUUCAUUUGAAGGAUUAAUUGGAGAAGAUCAAUUCUAUGAAAUUCUUUUUGUUGCUUUUUUUCAUUCAUUUAUUCCUUUUAUAUUUGGUUAUUUACAUACUUUUGGUGAUAAUUCUAAUCCAACUAGACAGUUUUUUUGUAGUUAUUUAGGAAUAGUAUUGAGUAGUGAAUUAUUAUUACGUUUAGAUAAUAAAUUGAGUAAUUUAUAUUCCUUUAUACCUUAUUUUUCUUCUUAUCUUGCCUAUGAGAAAAUAAAUUUCUUACAUCAUUGGAUAGCAAUUGUAUUAAAUGCAUUACUUUUAUUAUCUUAUGAUUUCUCUGAUCAUCAUGAUGAAUUACAAGAAGAAAUAUGUAGACAUCUACUCAAAUCUGCAUUAGAUAAUAUUACACAAUUGGAGGCAUGCUUAGAGGUAGCAGAGAAUGUAUUAAUUAAGAGUGGCACAUUACCUCAACGUGUUCGUUGGGCUCGUCCUCAGCAGCUAGCUGCUGAAUCUGCUGCUGCUGCUGCUGCUGCUGCUGCUGCUGCAGCAGGAGCAGCAGGAACAGGAUCAGGAGGAUCAGGAGGAUCAGGAGAAGGAGGAUCAACAACAGGAACAGGAACAGGAACAGGAACAGGAACAGGAAUAGGAACAGGAGGAGGAGGUGCAGCAGCAGAUAGAUUUAUGCAGAAGAUAACAGCAAGAAGACAACAACAAGAAUUAUUAAGAAAAAGAGCAAAAGAAGAAGAAGAAAUAGCAACAAUAAUUAGAUCUAUACCCUAUAAAGAAAAUAUAAAUAUAAAAACAAUACAAGAAGAAAGAAAAAAUAAAUUAUUAUUAUUAGGGUUUACGGAGAUACAGGAAGUAUCUACACCAUGGAGAUUAAAUCUAAACCCUAUUCAUGAUGAGGAGAUUACUCCUGAUCUAUGGGCAGCUGUUAUGCAAAGAGAAAAAAAAACAUGGCCUGAGGGUUUAGUAGUUGAUGGUUUAUUAAGAAGAGAAGAUUGUACAACUUAUGGAUUUGAUGAGAAAAGGAAAGAAUUCGUUAAAUUAUUAGAUAGAUGUGAAGAAGAAUCAGAGAGAGGGAGUGGCAUAUCUCUUGGUACUGUUUUAUUCUUCUUAAUGAUAUUUAUUCGUUGGUAUUCAAGUUGA